UGUAGAUACAAAUGAGGAAAGUUGCUCGGCCCAUAUUCAAUCCGCUUUCUUAUAUACUAAUUACUAAUUAUUGUUUUAAUUUUUUAUUGGCUUAAAAGAACUUCCCCUCGCAAACUCGAAAUCCCCAUUACUCUCCGGUCACUGCCCAAAAGUUCCAAACCAAAAGAAAUGGCCGAAACUGAAUCCACCACCACUGCUCAAGACUCAGCCACCGCAGAAACGGAGCCCCACCAGACUCAGGCUCAAUCCCAAAUAGAUGAAACCGCCGCCAAGCUCAAUAAUCUUACUCUCCGAAUUUGGCCCCCCACUCAACGAACCCGCGAUGCCGUUAUCAACCGUCUUGUCGAGACGCUCUCUUCCCAAUCUGUACUUUCCAAACGCUACGGCACCAUCCCCGAGGACGAGGCCGCCUCCCUGGCCAAAUCUAUCGAGGAGGAGGCUUUCUCAGUCGCCGGUGCGGCCUUCUCCCCCGACGAUGAUGGCAUCGAGAUCCUUCAGAUGUAUUCCAAGGAGAUCAGCAAGCGUAUGCUCGAUACUGUCAAAUCUCGCGCUGCUACUGCCGCUGCCGCCGAUGCUCCGUCAGCCACGGAAGCAGCGAAUGGUGAGGAGGUUUCAUCGUCGUCCGUGAAGGCGGAGGCUUGAGUUUAAGGAUCCUCAUUUCUCUCUUUCUCUCUCUUUAGGGCUUUUCUUUAGAUUGAUGAUCGGUCUUGCUAGGGUUUUUAAAGAUCUGUCUGCUUGGCUCAGGAUUUUUCGAGAUGCUUAAUUGCCUAUAUACGACGAUAAUAAAAUCUGUAACUGUAAUACCAUUUCUUUAUCUCUUCUUUUUUGAGGGUUUUCUGUUUUCUUGUGGAAA